CCUGCCUGCCGCCUGCCGCCCGCCAGAGCCGUGAAGGAGCAGCAGCAGCAGCAGCAGUAGCAGCUCCGCUCGCUUCGUUCCGAGUUUCAAUUUGCGUGUGCCGUCGAAUGAAAACAAUCGCGGACGUCCGACCGCCGUGCGGAUCUCGAGACGUUCAAGCUGCGCGUGCCGCAAUCGCGUGCUUCGGUCCGGCUCCACGCUGUCGCGAUAACGCGUAGCGAUCGCGGUAGUCGUCGGUCGUCGUCGUCGUCGUCGUCGUCGUCGUCAUCGUCGUCAUUGUCGUCAUCGUCGUGGCCGUCGCGGUGUACCUAGGUGUACCUAUCGUGACGUUAACCUUAAAGAGAGCGACGGGUGCGGUGCUAGUGUUUUCCUUCCGAGGAGAUACGACGAGUAAACUCGAGUCGCCGAUACUCGAGACGAAGAGGUGUGACGGGGAAAGUGCGUAGUCAUCGAUGUGAGAGCCGAGGACGACGAGGAAGAGCAGAGGGAGCGAGUGCGAAAGGGGAGAGAGAGAGAGAGAGAGAGACACACACACACAGAGAGGACAGCGCGGAGUGGCCAAAGCGUCGCAAGCCGGGAAUUCGGACGAUCGCAGCUCCGUCAGGGAGCUCCAGGGGUGGCAACGGUUGGGAAGUAUCGAAGUUGGCGCGAGGGGUGGAGAGGUCAGCCGUGGUUUGGCUCUGGUUCUGGUGGUAGCAGCGGAAGUGAAGGCAGGGGGCGAGGAGGUGGGGUCGGGUGAGGCUGGUGAUAGUCCCAACUUCAUCAAGAGCAGACACAAAUUUCAUUCUUAUCCAUCCCCCACUUUUUAUCCAUCUCCUUUUUCGUCACUUUUCAUCUUGUCACACCGAAGUGAUAAGUUUCAACCGGAAACGCUGUCGACGGCGUGACACCGGCCUCGCGACUAGCCCUUCUCCCGUAUAUAGAGUAGACGUCAUAGACAGAAGCUACCGCCAUCCUAAAUUAUUAUAGAAAUUGCGAUUUGAGUCUCCCCGACGAGAGGAGGGAGUCCCGCCAGUGCCACGUCCCAACAUCUUGGACCCGUUAACGGGUGCUUUUAAGCCACGCACGUCACCUACCAGACAUCAUGAACGAGCUCGACAGCCUUCGUCAAGAAGCGGAGACGCUGAAGAAUGCCAUUCGGGAUGCCAGGAAAGCAGCAUGCGACACGACCUUGGCCCAGGCCACAUCGGGCAUGGAACCUAUUGGUCGUAUACAAAUGCGAACAAGACGUACGCUUCGCGGUCACUUAGCGAAAAUUUAUGCGAUGCAUUGGGGAAGUGAUUCGAGGAACCUAGUCUCUGCAUCGCAAGAUGGCAAACUAAUCGUUUGGGAUAGUUAUACCACCAAUAAGGUUCACGCGAUUCCAUUACGGUCAUCAUGGGUAAUGACUUGUGCGUACGCUCCCUCGGGUAGUUACGUGGCAUGCGGCGGGCUGGACAAUAUCUGUUCCAUCUAUAGUCUUAAAACUAGGGAAGGGAAUGUUCGAGUGAGUAGAGAACUUCCGGGUCACACUGGAUAUUUGUCCUGCUGUCGAUUCUACGACGACAACCAAAUUGUCACCAGUUCGGGCGACAUGUCUUGUGCUUUGUGGGAUAUCGAAACUGGCCAGCAGUGCACCUCGUUCAUCGGGCACACUGGCGACGUGAUGUCCUUGUCGUUGGCGCCGGAUUCACGCACCUUCGUGUCCGGUGCGUGCGACGCCAGCGCAAAGCUAUGGGACAUUCGUGAAGGUUCCUGUAAGCAAACCUUCCCGGGUCACGAGAGUGAUAUAAACGCCGUCACGUUCUUCCCGAAUGGAUACGCUUUCGCGACGGGUUCAGACGACGCGACUUGCAGACUUUUCGACAUUAGGGCGGACCAGGAACUCGCAAUGUACAGUCACGACAAUAUUAUUUGCGGCAUCACCAGCGUAGCUUUUAGCAAAAGUGGAAGAUUAUUGCUGGCAGGGUACGACGAUUUCAACUGCAAUGUUUGGGAUUCUAUGAAAACGGAGCGAGCUGGAAUUCUUGCUGGACAUGACAAUCGCGUGUCUUGUCUUGGUGUUACGGAAGAUGGUAUGGCGGUAGCGACAGGUUCCUGGGAUUCGUUUCUACGCAUUUGGAACUAACUUGGAACUCUCCCGAAGACGUUCCUUCAAAGAACCAACUACAGUCAACCAGUAUAUAGCAUAAGAAUCAAGUAUCACCAUCUGACCACUGAGCAAGUCGGCGUGCCAGCCACGACGUUGGCGAACAAACCGUCAGGUUCACCGAAGUUGACGCUGAUCAAAAAUUUUGGAUACCGGAUUAGCAACAUCAGUAGCAACAAUAACAAUUACAAUCGUAUGAAGAUCCAUAAUAACAGCGGCAACAACAAUGGUGGCGAUUUCAAGAACGUUUUGGAUUGUAUUGGUGAAAUAGAUUCCCGCAGUAAGCACAUCGCAGUUGACUUGAUCUGGCAAUACGAUAAAGUUGGCAACAAGGACCACGAAUAUCAACGUUUCUAGGAUAAAGUGACUUGAGUUGGGUCGAAUACGAAUAUAUAUUGCGACAGAGGAGCGCGCGGCGAAGGACGAGACGUAAGAUAGAGAACGAGUGCCGACAACAAGGCCGACAGUUAAAAACUCUUUGCGGCAUUGGGUGCAGACUUUCUUUUUAUCCUUCCUUUCUUCAAGGACUUUCUUCGCGAACCUUCGAGAGGCACGUGCUGUUCCAUGACUUGAUAGUUCUUUUCUCACGGGAGUACUCCCAGUUGAGGAUAUCGAAGUUCGAAGGACGGACGACAAUCUCGCGCCGACGAUCGUCAAGAGUUCCAUCUCGAACCAAGGUUCAAGCGUUCACUGCCGAAGAAACGCUGUUAACGAUUGCUCCGGCGGUUAACUACAGAUUACUUUUCCCAUGCGCGAAACGACAUCUUAUCGGGCAUGAUACGAUACGUAAUCGUAAUAUUGCAUCGUGACUCGGAGAUGAGAGACACGGCCAAACUUAUAAUAGUCUCGUAAUGACGUAUUCGAGUUUAUAUGGCGCACAUUGAACGCACAUGUGUAUCUACGGAGAUUCACGACGCGAAUUGCAUACACCUACACGUGAAAACGGAGAAACGGUGCGGAUCGUCCAACAGUCUCGAGACACAUUCAAGUCGCGCAUACUCGUUACACGAGCUUUGUCCUCGUGCACGAGCACCGAAUUUCGAACGAAAAAAAAGAGAUAUGUGUAUAUAUGUAUAUGUAUAUGUGUGUGUAUAUAUACAUAUAUAUAUGUAUAUCUGAAAAAAUGAGAUGAGAUCACUUUUCUUACAUGAUAAAAUACGCCGACUUUGCACCACACAACUAUUACUAUUAUUACGAUUACUAGCACCACGAUCCUCUCGAUUAAUUUCAUAGAUGUAUCGUUAUUUAUUUUGUAUAGACCUCUGCCAUAGGCCGCCCCGCGUUUAUUGCGAAUGCGAGAGCGACUGAACAUAUUGUAAGAGAUUGAACGAGAGAGCUGUGAAAGCGUGAAAAUGAGAGCGAGGCGCGCGGCCAAUUGUCAAUCAAAAAAAUAAAAAAUAAAAAAAACGGGAUAUGAAUCGCGCGGAUAAAUGAAAUGAAUGCUGAACGUAGUUGCUCCUUCGAUAAAUAAUUCAUCAGGACGUUGACGUUCACGGAAGAAUUACGAGAAGAUUAGGAGUGACAUACUAAAGUUCGGGAGUAAGCAGAUCGGGUUUCGUCUGCUUUUGCAUCGCGAACGCGUUACGAUCGCAUGAAAUGACGGGCCAGCGUUAAGUGUCGAAUACGUUUAAUGUAAUAUAAUCGUUUAGUUCAUAGUGUCCUUACCUUAACCCUUCUCCUCCCGCUCUCUGUCCAGUUAUCUCUGAUUACGGUAAUGGCGAGAAGGAGAGAAGAAUCAAUCCCUGACUGUCGUCUCGACGGUAUCUCUUCCCCACUGUCGAUUGAACGCCAAUCAAUCCUCGUGCACGAGGCGGGCACGUGCUCUCGUUUGAAAGAGUCGUGCUAAAAGUACCUUUGAAAUAGGACCCAAAGAAUCCCAGGUUAAUAGAAAGGGCCGCGAGACUAAACCUCUCAUUAUUAUUACCUUUUUUUAAAUACUUUUAAAUACUUUUUUAAAUACCUUUUUUUUCUUUAUCGCAUUUUGUUUAUCACGGUCUUUUUUGUAAACAUGUAAGUACGUAUUCGUAUAUUUUCGAUAGCUUUUUUUCGUUAAUUUUUACCUGUGUCCUUUUUUGCGCUAUCAUCACUUUUGUUCCUCCCCUUUCACUCCUAUCUGUUCUAUCCUUUUUUGUCAGAAAUAAAUGUUGAAACUGUGUAUGCAUUUAAAAUUAUAAUAUUAAUGAUAAUAUGCUAUUAAUAUUAACGAUGAUCGUAAUUUAUAAUUAUUAAUAUUUAAUAUAUAAGUAUAUAAGGUCGAUGGUUUUUCUUAAUAUUACAUGGUCCAAUCGCCUUCCGGUAACCACGUUCCGACAGUAUCUUUUUUUUCUUUUUUUUUUUUUUAAGAAUUUUGUACAUUCACUACAUACAUGUGUAGUUAUAUAUUGCGUGAUACGCUUUGUUUUUUAUUUGCGGUAAACAUAUAUCUUAAUUUGAUAGGAGUUGCGUGAAUCUUUAUUUUAAUGAUAAAUAAGAAAUAUAAUUUGUAUAUACGAAAAGUUGUGUAUCACAAUAAAAAUUUAUGAUAGGAUGUAUCGGUUAUUAAAAUUGGUAAAAUCGGCAAAAUGGAGGGGAAAAAAUGUGGAUUCCGGAAAGCGACUAUCGAAAAAUUUCUUUCCCAGUGGAAAAAAAAGAUUUGGCUGUGGAGCAAGCAAGCAUCAAUAUUCGACAGAUGUUAUAAUUCUCGAACACAUUCAAAUUUCGCAUAAUUGAUUCUUUUUUUACACUUAUAUAUAAACUAAUCUUGCUUAUGUAAUGCUUUAUACUUGUUAGACAUCAAACUGGCAAAAGAUCUUACUCCGUCUCGAGAGAGAAGAUCCUUGUUCCUUCGAUUCUUUGUAUUAUUAAGAAUUCUUCCAAAGUUCGAUGCGAGACCGGGCGCUCUACAUUAAAUACGAGACGAAAACGUGAGUAAAGUGUCCGCUUUUUGGUACUCUUGAUACAUCGCUUCGAAGCGAAAAAAGGAAUAAUCUUAGAGCAGAGAAUUACGAAGGAAUAGGAAAUUUUAGUGAACAAACUAAUGGAAACAGAUCUGUGCUUUUUGCAUUUCGUAAUUCCGUGGCUUCCCUAAGGAGGUAUUUUCUCCUUUUUGUACUUUGAAGCCUGGAACGAUAUGGUUUCUUACUUUUGGUACAAAUAUGAAAAAGAAAUAAUACCGACGAAUAACGCAAAAUUGAAAGUUAUUAAGUCUCUAGUCAUAAUGGCAUAUACAUGAAAAAUGAAAGACCGGCAAGUAAAAUUAUAAGCAUAAAUAAUUUUUUUUUUUGUGUGUUUUCUUGUUCGCCCAAAUAAGAUUGCGGAAGCUGAUUUUAUAACUGUUUAAUUUAUUUGUCCCUUUCGAAAAUGUAGCAUUCAUAAUAGAUUAUUUACAACGCAGGAGGAAAAAUAACGGUAUAAAAAGAGCUCUGAUGAAAUCAGCCUUUUCUUUUUCUCUCUUUUGUUGAGCUUUUAAGAUCAUAAAGAGAAUAAAAAUGUGUUUGGAAAAAAAAAUCAAAUGUGGCGUUUCCGUUAUUUUUUUUUAUCGCUUCUUCGCUUUCUGUUUCCUCCCUCCGCAAGUGACACAUUCGCGAUUAUUUUAUGGUUUCAUUAAUCCGACAUUUUCUUUGCAUUUUGAAUUUAAAGACACAUGCGUGUCUUUUUUUUUUUUUUUUUUGUAUUUAUUAAUGUGAUAAGACAGUGACCUGUUGAAACAAGAUUGUAGCGUUGGGUCCUAUUUCAAUUUCACUGGUGUAUACGCGUAUAUGUAGUUGAAAAAGGAGAUGGGAGAAAGGAGGAAAGAAAGGGAAGAAACGUGAAGAAUGUGCCGAUACUUUCGUGACUUGUUUUAUGAUGGACAACGAGGAGCCAUCGGGAAUACUGCCUCUUUCAAGUUAUGCACAAAAAAAAGAAUAAAUUACGAUAUAUAAUACGUGUAUUAUACAUAAAACACACUAAAUAAACGUGCAAGCUACUGUUAAAGUUUAAAAAAGAAAUGCGCAAGAGGACGUAACCGUGUAAAACAACUAAGACGUGGAGAGUGAAAAGUGCAUCUAUGAAGAUCGUGUGGAGAUUAUUGGUGAACAUUCGAAGGAAAAUGUACGUUCACUCGAUCACUGAAAAUUGAGUAAGGAGACGCGUCUUUACUGUUAAAUGGUAGAUAGUUACAAAGAUUUCAUCACUUUUUUAUAUAUAAAAAAUAUAUAUACGUAUAUAUAUAUAUAUAUAUAUAUAUAUAUAAAUAAUGAUAAUUAAUCACUAUUGACGGUUAGCCUAGGUCAUUCGCCUAUAGUCACUUUGCCGCAGAGGAUACUUCCACGAGGCACAUGAAUAUUCGAAUUUUAUCGUUGAUAAAUAAAUCACUCUUAUUUCUUACGAAAUAAUUACGUUAUAUCUCGUGGAUGUCCCUGUCGCAGGAUUCAUCAUUAUUUGCACGAUAGGAGGAAUUGUUUCGGAGGAGAUCUGUUGAGGGAAUACGAGGAAAUUUCGUCGAGUAGGGAUGGAUGAUCAUUGUAUUUGAAUCAGGGAUGAAUUUCAAAAUUUUUCUUUAUCCUAUAUCGAAUCAUUCAUUUCAUCUAGAUGUUUUAAAUACGAAGAGAGGUGUCUUUAUACACGUACAUGCAAUUACAUUGUUUUCUGUUAUAAUUAACUGCAUUAUCUUUCGAUAUUACAUUCUUAUUUGAACUUUUAUCGUAACAUAACGUCCAACAAUAUUGUGCAGUAGAAAAGCUUAUGCGGAAAAAAUAGUCCAGAGAUAAUUCUUUCAAGUACAAACAUUAUCUAUUUGCUUUGAUUGGUCAUUAAUAGAUCGUUUAGAUAGAAAAUAAAGGUAUCUUUUACACAUACACACACACGCAUACACAUAAUUACAUUUUUAUGCUACGUGUAUUAAGCUACGUUGGCUUUCAAUAUCUAUUUACUUAAACUUUCGCUGGAAAAUUUAUAAGAGUAAUAUGAUAUUCGAUGACAUUCCGCAAUAGUGAAGCUCACACGAAAAACAACCUAAAGAUAAUUCUUUCAAACAUAUAAAAAAAUUAUCUACUCUCGUUCGCUGGUCAUCAAAUAGGUCACCUAUGUAAAAAAAAUCGAGCAGUAGCUCGUUUAUUCGGUAAACAUGGUUAAAAGAAUGCGGAUUCGCGUAUAAUUAGGAAUCAUCUCAGAAAGCGUGAUUGUAUCUAUUUCCCUCGUCGCGGCUUCUAAAACGACGCGUAAUGAAAAUUCACGCCGAAUAGAUAGGAGCGUUAAUUAUUUUUAUUUCGAAAAUCUCUUGCGUGAUUUGCAUGUGAGUGGAAAAUGAGUACGUUAGACUCGUUUGAUUGCCUCUCUUGUGCAUUUUUCUCUGUGCAAUUUAAGAUCACGGGUACUACGAUGUAAGUUCGAAUGCGUUUCGAAGUUUUAGAUCUGCAAUAACUAGAGGUUACGAUAAAUGCUUUCUGUCGAUACUGUCGCAAAUAAAUGAACAUUAAUUACAGAUUUAGUUGCCAUCUACGUUUUGUUAUAAAGAAUUUAUUGCUUUCGAAUGCCCGAUUAAUAUGCCCAGAGAAACGUCGCAAGCCCAUAUUGAGAAGACAAUGAGCGCACGAGAAUCAUGUUUGCAUAGUGUUCGAUAUCUUUUGAAUUUCAAUGUAUCCUAAGUCGUUAUAGUUAUCGGCGAGUUUUUUUAAACACAGACACGUAAAUAUACAUAAGAGUGCAAACGCAAGUGCGAAUCCUAAGCGAAUUUACGAAUUUGAGAUACGAGCUUUUGUUACUUCAUAAUAUUAAUAGCUCGAUUCCUUCACAGCGUUUCCUAUUGACAUACGCAUUGACUCUAAUAACGAUCUGAAAUUCAAAUGAGAGAACGACAUUUUUUAUGAACUAACUUCAUCAACCAAGAUUUUAUGGUUUUGUAAGGUUUCUUUUAGACACGCGCCUUAUAUCGUCUAACGAUUUUUACGUGAUUUUAUUGUAAAUCUAGUGUUAUGAAAGUCUGGUGCAUUCGAUCUGCAAUCAUGAAGGAGAAAAGCGAGGAAUUGAUUGAAUUUGCUAUACUUUUGUGCAUUUCAACUUUUUCACGCUUCUUAACGUAACUAUCGUAAAUAUCGAUGAAUAUAAUCCUCCUUAAGAUUAAAAAUAUAUUUUAACAAGAUAGAUAAUGUCAUUCGUCAAUGAUAUUUGGAACAUAUCUUUGGAUAAAAAAUUUGGUUCAUGCAUCUUUUCGAUAUAAAAUUAAUAUUGCUUCAUCUUCUUUAUAUCCCCAGUUUUCCGCGAUGUUACAAUCACAAUCUUACUUAUAAAAUAAUUAUCAAAGUACAAAGUUUGCCAGAAUUUAUCUGCGAGAAUGCUUAUAAAUCGCGCUCUUUAACAUUAAAUAUUUAAAAAUGCAUCACUUUUAAUUAUUAAGUUACGACGAAGCUUCGUCCGAACCGGGAACAAGUAUGAGAAAAUAUAUGAUGGAAGUAAUGGCGGGAGAGGAUUUAUUUUUAUUGCAUCAGAGCAAAAGACUGACGCGUUUUUCAGUGUCAAAGUAAUUAAACGAUCUCUUGUAAUAAAAAAAUCAAGUUGCAAAAUAAAAAAAAUGGAGAUGCGACAGGUGUGACAGAAUUUCAUUGCUUUUACUUCGUGAUUGCAAAUUAGGGUAACCGGCAUUAAGUUUGCUACUGUGUCGAGGACAAUUGCUUCUUUUUUAUAUUCUCCUUUGAGGAAUAAAGUGGAUAAUAAGAAGCAUCGUUUCCUACAAAGGCGCCGUUCGAUUUUGAUAUCGACGAAACUGUACGUAUUCGACGAUGAAGUUGACGACGAUUCUACAGUAACAGGGACAAAAGAAAGAGCAAAAAAAACCGAGGGACUUUCCAAUUUUUGGAAGGAGAAACUUAGCAUGUAAGAUACUUACUGUAACGUAAACCAUAAGUCGUAAGGUGUAAGGACUGUAACGCAUCAAAUAAUCAUUAACCGUGACGGUUAACAACCAUAAAUAUGAUCGCGAUUACGAUAGUACGAGGAGAUAAACCCAAAGAAACGUGUAUGUGUCGAUGAAGCGCCGAUCAAUGGAGAUGGCGACAAGGGUCACACAUUCGCACAAAAGAAACUUAAUCCCCGAAUUGUCGCGAUUCACUCAUUCUCGAUCAUUGAUCCGCACUUGCUCGACAUAUUCGACACGGUCCGAAGAAUAACUUACAAUUAUAGGGAGCAAACGAGAAUGAGCGAGAGAGAAAAGAGGCGCACGAGAACUAAAAGUAACUACGUAAGAGUGUGAGGAGAUGAGAACAAAGAUACAAAAAAAAGAAAAAAGAAAAAACAGAACAAAAUACCAAAUUUGAUUUUUGCGUGCCUGUGCGGAGGAGCGAGGUGAUAUAUACAUGCAUAUUUAUAAAUCUAUUACUAUAAACGAUCCUAGCGGGUACGUAGUCCUUAUGUUUGUUUGGGACGAAAGAGGGAUGUACGUUCGUAUGGAUCCCUUUGCACAAAUAACGAGGUAAAGUGCGCGGAAAAACAGGAAGUGACACAGACGAAAGAAAUCGGAUGACGAAGGGGGACAGUUUCGUUUUACACGCGGUAUCACUAUAUAAAUAUAUUAUAAUAUCAUGAGCUUCUUGCCAAGUAACAAGGUGAUAGCUUCUGCGGAAAUAAGCGAUCCAAGAUCCAUCUAGGAUCUGUUUGGAAGCCAUAGAUUGACGAGAGAGGCGACACGGUAAAGAUAUAAUAUAUUUAAACGUGAUAGAGAUUACCAUUUCUUUCACGUGCGACCGGUUAUCAUUGCACAUAAUUAUGGAUUAAUUAUUAUUGCUAUUAUUAAUUACGGUUCAUCAACAAUACCGUCAUCGUCAUUAUUAUGAUUAUUAUUAUUAUUAUUAUAUAAUUGAUGUGAGUGUGGACACAAAAAUAAAGUGUACGUAGC